UCCACCACUUCCUUUUCCGGGUUCAUGUUGACGAAGUAUUUGGCGUGGCGAAGUUUUUGCCGCGACUGCCUUUCACAUCAAGCAAACACAACCGCAGUCCAAAGACGAGCAGGAAAACCUCGAGUAACUCCAGUAUUUGAAAGACUAUGGAAAAAAUUCAGCCACCGAAGCCUGGUCAUAUAGACGGCGGCACAACCAAGAAGAGAGAAGACUACUUGGAAUGGCCAGAGUACUUUAUGGCUGUAGCCUUCCUGUCAGCCCAAAGGAGCAAAGACCCAAGCUCACAGGUGGGCGCGUGUAUAGUGAACCAGGAGAAUAAGAUAGUUGGCAUCGGUUACAAUGGUAUGCCCAAUGGCUGUGAUGAUGACCUGCUACCGUGGUCCCGCUCUGCUAAUGACCGGCUUGACACUAAAUACCCUUAUGUGUGCCAUGCAGAGCUGAAUGCCAUUAUGAACAAGAACAGUGCUGAUGUCAAAGGCUGUACCAUGUAUGUGGCUUUGUUCCCUUGCAAUGAGUGUGCCAAGCUCAUCAUCCAGGCAGGUAUUAAGGAAGUGGUCUAUCUUUCUGACAAGUACCAUGACAAGCCGGAAAUGACAGCUUCCAGAAAGCUGCUCAACAUGGCAGGCAUUCAAUACAGACAGUUCACCCCCAAGAGGACUGAGAUUGUCAUUGAUUUUAAUUCCAUUAACCAUCCUGGAAUGCUGAACAGCGAGACCAAGUGAAAAUGCAAACUGAAUAUGAUGGGGAAGCAGAGAGAGACUGACGAGAUUGAAAGGGACUUUGAUGCCUCUUUUCUGUAUGUCUUCUUGCCUCCUGUUUUGGCCAAAGGAAAACUCAAGGAUACAUCGACUUUGGCUUAUUUUGAUUAACCAGAUAUUCAAGAUAGUUUCAUUUGACACUUCGCCCUUUGUUGCUGACUGUGGCAGAAGGUCUUUCAAUGAUGCUUUCACAAUUAUUAUUAUUUUAAUUUCUUUUUGUCUUUUUAAAACUCCCUUUGGGUUUAGGAAUACACAAGGACUAAACACUUUCUGGAGUGUUUUUGAUUUGUUUUGUUUUUAUCUUGUGUUGUGAAUCAGAUCAGAUGGUAGUCUGCACAGGGGAAAGCCUGACAUCUGUUUUUUGUCCCUCCUUUUUAAACAUGGUUCCAGACUAAUAUAGAGGCACUUUGAUAUUCAGUUUAUUUGACCUUCCACAUUCACAAUGGAAGCUGCCCAGUAAAUCAGGCUUGUUAUGUUGAAUACUGGGGGCUGCUCCGUGUUAGUGUCUGGGUUUCAGUGGGUACAAGCUGUGUGAACAUUAAUAUUUUGAGUACGCUGUAAAGAAUGGCUGGACUUUCUCAUCAUCAUCCAACCCAGUUACAAAUUUUACUUUUACUGGACUGAUUUUAUUUUAUUUUUUUAAUGUUGAUUGGUUGUAUGCAACUGAAUGUCAUCAGGGUUGCUCUGUAUAUCACUUUCUUACUGGUCAUUUUCAUCAAGUUGGUACAGUAUCUUUGCAAUUGGGUUCAUCCAAAAAAAGAAAAAAGAAAAAAAGCCGCCAUUGAAAUGUAGCCUCAUCUUUCCACACUAUGUAUAUGUUAUUGUUUUCAUGAGGUUUUUUUUUUAGUUUUAAUAACCAUUUUACUAUUGUGUUCUGAUAUGUGUUGCGGUCUUCAGUUGGUGAGACAAUUUCUGUAAUUGCGAACUGUUAAUGUAAAAUGUUUUUCAAUUCUAGUAACACAUGCAAGCAGAGUCUCUACUUAUCAAAGCUGUUUUUAAAUUUUUUUUUUUUAUAAAUGGUACCAAAAGGCUUUUAAAAACAUGUUCACCACGUUGUCUUCGAGAACUAUCUGCCAUUAAGCUAAAAACUAUCUAUCCUUUUGCUGUUUUAUUGUCUAACAAGCUGUUACAGCAAGCAGAUGAAAGUUAAUCAUUUCUUCAUAAUGUUUCUGUAUAUUGCCUACAUGUGUGCUUUCACAUAGGUGACCAGGGAAGCACUUCUCAGUUAUCUGUCUUCAUCAUUCCUUCAACCAUAUCAGCUGCCAGUGCAGUUGGAGUCAAAUCCCCAAGCCUGAAAUGAAGCAAACAUCUGAACGCUGAUGACUGGAAAUCCUUUUGUUUUAAAUUCACUGUCAUUCAAAUAUUUGUUUUUGGACAAGUAUUAGAUAGUCGUUACAAAUGUGUGCACAUGGCAAACCUGCAAUGUAAAUAAAUAUUUUAUACCUGAAAGCAAUAGCAGCCUGCUACCACAAGGUGGAGGCAGAAAUCAGUUUCAGAGAUUUCAAAAUAACUUUUUACUGGUUUUAGGCUUAAUAGCCUUCAGCUACAAAUGUUGGAAAUAUGUUUGUAUUUUCAUUUAACUUUCAUACACCUGGGUUUGGAUUUAGAUAUGUUUUAUGGUAUACAUAAUCAUAAGAGUAAGGUAGAUGCAGAACUGCAAUUUUUAAUCACACUACUAUCCUUCAGGGCAAAUGCUUUCGACACAAAUGCAUGUUUGAAAAGGUGAAGCCAUGCUUUACAUCCUUUUGUAACUAUAUGGAUUCUUACAUUAAAACCAUCUCAUCACAAAACAAAAAAGCUGUGAGAUCAUAUGAACUGUAUCAGCAAUAUAUAUUUUUUCUAUUUCAUAUUUUUAUGAUACUCUUAUUAUGAGUUUACCUGUGGGUGUGUUGAAUUGUCUGUAGGUGAAUGUUUACUGUACGUUAUGUUCCUGAGUAUUUUGUUUGUAUAAAAUUAGUCUUCUGUUUUAGUUAUUCUCACUUCAAGAUGUUUCUCACAACUACAGAUAUUAAUUCUGCAGGUCUCUGCAACUACA